GCCCAGCAGCAGCAGCAGCGCGUUGUCUUUGUGAGUCCGGAGGAACCUGCUUACGUCUUGUAGCUGAGCAGGAAGAGGGAUCCGGGAUCUGCUCCGGCUGCUUAAUACGGGACUUACCCGGGAUCUAGGUUGGUUGGAUACAGCCUGCACGGACACGGAUGAAAUAACCGGCAUUCAACAGCAAUUUCCCAAAUCUUUCCAGCUUUUGAACACUGAAUACAGGGAUUUUGUAAGAGAAGAUGAAGAAACGUACGGCUUAUUACUUUGUGGUAUUUUGUGCAAUAACGAUUGGAUAUCUGUCAAAGAGGUCAACUGCAGAUUUGGAGGCGACUCCUAGGAUCACGGUGACAUAUAACGAACUUUCUGAUGUAAAAUGGUUUAGCGAUAAUGUAAUGAACUACAGCACUUUACUGCUGGAGGAUGAAAAUGGAAUUCUGUACGUUGGGGCAAGAGGUGCCAUCUUCUCUCUCAACUCAAGUGACAUUUCUCAAAGAUCUCGUAGAACAAUCCACUGGGAAGUUAAUGCUGAUGAGACCAAGGCAUGCCAGGACAAAGGCCGAAACAAUCAGACGGAGUGUUUCAACCAUAUAAGGCUUGUGCAGAGGUUUAAUGAGACCCACCUGUAUGUCUGCGGGACGCACGCCUUUUCCCCUCUGUGCUGCUACAUUGACGUGAAGACUUUCGUUUUACCUGCUACCUUUGAAGAUGGAAAAGAGAAGUGUCCAUAUGAUCCGGUCAUAGGUUACACCGGUCUUAUAAUAGAUGGAGGCCUCUACACCGCGUCUCGCUAUGGAUUCCACAGUAUGCCAGACAUAAGAAGAAAUAUUGUUCCGCCAGCUCUGAAAACUGAGGCGUCUCCCCGUUACUGGUUGAUGGAUGCUGAAUUUGUAACUUCUGCAUUAAUUCAAGAAAGUCUAAGUACUGCCCUAGGAGAUGACGAUAAAAUCUACUACUUCUUCAACGAGAACAUCAUGGAAGAAACAUCAGAGUUUCUGGACAAGACCAAAGUAGCAAGAGUGGCUCGUGUUUGCAAGAGUGAUAUAGGAGGAAAGAAGAUUCUGCAGAAGAAAUGGACUUCAUUCCUGAAAGCAAGAUUAUUCUGCUCCAGUCCAUACUAUGAAACCUUAAAGAGUGUCUACACCCUGGAUAUGGGGAAUUGGGAAGCAACCAUCUUCUAUGCAGCCUUUAUUUUUCAAUGGGGAAACAUGAAGAUCUCAUCAGUCUGCCGAUAUAGCCUACCUGAUAUUCAGAAAGUAUUUGAAGGGCCGUAUAUGGAAUAUCAAGAUUCCUCAAGGAAAUGGACCAAAUAUAAUGGAGAAGUUCCAAAACCAAGGCCUGGCUCAUGUAUUACGAAUGAAUUUCGAAGCAGUGGCUACAACUCCUCAUGGGAUCUCCCGAAUAAUGUCCUUGACUUUGUGAGGCUCCAUCCACUUGUAUCGGAGGUGGUUAAACCAAUUGGUGACCAACAGCUUCUCUCCAAGAAGAAUAUGAUUUAUACCCAUAUCGCUGUAGAUAGAGUCACAGCCCUGGAUAAAGAACAGUAUGAUGUGCUGUUCCUAGGAACAGACAAUGGCUGGAUUCACAAGGCCGUAGUUCUCAACAACAAGGUUCACAUAAUAGAAGAGAUACAGGUUUUCAAGACGCCGCAAGCUGUUGAAAAUGUGGUCAUAUCCAAAACACAGAAUAGUUUGUAUAUUGGCACCGAGAGCGGGGUCCUCCAGAUACCACUUUCUGGGUGUAAUCAGUACUCAUCAUGCUACGACUGCAUUCUGGCCCGGAAUCCGUAUUGUGGUUGGGAUGGCAGCACGUGUCGGGAACCUCUCACACAUCAAGACUGGGUACAGAUGACGCAGGACCUGCAGAAUGGUAACAGAGGAUGUCUAAACGGCACAUACGAGGUUCCUCAUAUGAAGAAAAUGCGGACAAUUUUGAAAGGCGACGAUGUUCUCCUGCAGUGUGACUUUCAGUCUAAUUUGGCUAAGCCACAAUGGUUUGUCAAUGGCUCAGACCCAUUGGAUAGUGAUGACUCUCAUCUUAGAGUGGGUAUCGAUGGACUUCUCAUCACUGAUGCUCUUCUAGAGCAUAGUGGAGAAUAUAGCUGUUAUUCUGAAGAAAAUGGCUUACAGGCCAUAGUGACUUCAUAUAAUGUAAGUGUUUUGUUGGAGCUACCAAAAGGGAAGAUCUACUCUGAACCUACGCCCAUUGUCCAGUUACCAACAGCGGCACCACAAGCCUCUUCCAAGUUGGAGUUUGUGUACAUUUCCAUAAUUACUAUCCUUGGUGGGCUAUGCCUUGUUCUAACUAUUGUCUUAGUCUCCGUAUCCUGCCAGCAGAAACGAAAAGGCAAAUACAGCACCGCCAACUCCAGAAAAAAUGCCGUAGAGCUUCAGACAGUAUCCUCAAACUUCAAAGACAAGUCAGAAGAGAUGAACAAUUAUUCUGAUGGAUGUCUCCAAAUUAUUCCUGGCGAGGCACCAACUUGUCCUCCAAGCAAACUAAACCCUCCUCCUCCACCGCCACCACCUCCUCUACCUUCAGAGUUCACCAAUGGAAUCAGCACGCUUCCCAACAUGCUAAGGAAAAUGAAUGGGAAUAGUUAUAUGCUUCUAAGACAAAAUGACGAGGCAAGCUCACCAUUGUAUAAUUCCUUCACAGAGGAGCUCAGCAAGAUCCUGGAGAAGAGGAAACAUACGCAACUGGUUGAGAAGUUGGAUGAAAGUUCUGUUUAGUAAAAACUGCUAAGAGACAGUGAUAUAACACAAUACUACCUCAAUGAACAAUAAUUUUUUUUUAAAGAUUAACUUUUUAUUAUAUUUUCCUUUAUUCAUGCUUAUCUUUAUUUUUAAUUUAUGCAAACCAACACUGUGAAAGUCUUUGACUUUUACACUACAUAUCUGGGUUCUCCUCUGCUGUGACGUGUAAGCCCUAAGAUGGACAUGUACAAGGAGACGUGUCCUCCUUGGGGAGGGAAUAAUUCCUGCUCAUCUGUUUUGGAAGAACUGUGACCGAAGCUAAAAAAAGAAGGAGAAAAACAUGCAAUAAAGGACAUGCAUACAGUAUUCAGUCACAAGAUGAGACUUCUGAAGAGCCGGAGAGGACAAUGAAGAAGGAAACAUGUGUCGGCAGAGCUUUUUAUGAUGAGGAGGUGAUUAUAAAACUAUCCAGACGAGAGUACCGUGCAAAUAACUACAUCUGCGACUAGGAGCUAAUUAUUCAAGAUGGUCGGUUAAUGGCGCCAGCUGUCCUCUUAAUACCUCUGGGGUGACUUCACACGCUAUAAUGUGCCAAUAUUCAACGAAAGCAAGACAGUAGAUGUAGACACGCAAGCAAGAUUUCACUCCCAGAAUCCACCUGGACAGCAGCCCGUCUUGUUUUUUCUUUUUCCCCACUUUGCUUGAAAUCCUACAAAUGCUGAAUAAAGCACUUUAGAUGGA